AUGGGGUACUUGUUUGCCUCGGAAGGGAAUCGGAGGAUUCGGGCCCGUGCUGAGAGUGGCGUGAGUCGGCCUCUGUUUCCCCUUCUUUGUGAGGCCACUUUGGAUGGCAUGGGCAUGGGAUCUGCAAAGCGGCGCAGCAGUGGUGGGUUGCUGGGCCGCGUGGCUCCCAAUGCAGAGCCCGUGCGAGGGGGGCGUGGUGGGACGCAGGUCCCCGGCGGUUGGGGCAUUGGUGAGCUUUUCAGGAUAGCGGGAGGGCAGGGCCCGGCGAACUGCCUGCGCUUGAGAAGAUGGCGCAUGGAUGACGCCGAUCCAGCGGGCGGGCUGUCCCACCACGAGGCAUCAUUGGGAUGCGUGGGGGCUUCGGAAUUGUCUAUGUUGUGA